AUGAGACGGAGAAUUCUGCCCAUUUUAGGUUUGAUCAGUAUAGGCUUCUGGCCUGAUCCUGGCUGGACCGGAAGCUCCGGCUUUCGUGUGGUGCCCAUGGAUGGCAAGGGCUUCGGAGUGGUGGCUGAGAAGACGUUUGAUGCGGGAGAUUUGGUAUACCAAGAAGCUCCUCUCAUCAUGUGGAACGUUGAGGAUGCUACUAAGACGCAGCUGCUGAAUUUGGUGGCAGCGAUUGCCGUGCUUCUCUCAGUGUUCCUAUUGGUCGCUUUCAACGCAGUCGGCUUCACCCCUUUGCCUUUGGCUGCAGCUGCUGCUUUUGCUUUGCGGAGGCGGGAGCUUGGCAUGCCAGAGGAACUCCAAGAACAAUAUGAGCAGCUGUCCUCGGAAGAACAGGAUCAGCUCAAAGGUCUGAGCGACUGCUCAUCUGGUGAGAAGACAAUGAUGGGAAUUUUACGGACCAACGGCUUCUCCAGAGGAGCUAGUUCAAGCUCAUCAACGCUCCUGUUGUGCCCAGUCUUGGCCAGGCUGAACCAUUCCUGUUCACCAAAUUGCCAACAAUCCUGGGAUGAAGAAUCAGGUCAAGAAAAGCUCUAUGCCAUGACAAAGAUUCAGCCAGGUGAAGAGCUUUGUAUCACCUAUUGCGAUUUGCGCGAGCCACGGGACAAGCGACGUGAGGUUUUGCGGGCAAAGUACGGCUUCCUUUGCAGCUGUCCUGCAUGCUGCCACACCGACAUUGAGACCAGCGAUGCUCGCCGCACCGAAAUUGCAAGGCUGCAAGAAAAUCUUGCAGCUGCCCAACCGGCUGACGGCGUGGAAAUGGCCAAGCGCGUGUUGCAGCUACUCGAUGAUGAAGGUGUGCCAGACUUGAUGCUGCGAGGCCUUGCAUGCACAGAGGCUGUACGGCAUUGCGAAACCCUUUCUGACCCUCAACAAGCAAGAAGUUGGGCAGAGAAGGCAUAUGACUUCUUCAGCAAGGCGCGGGGGCCAACCAGUGAGAUCGCUCAAGACGCAAAAGCCUUGGACUGGGCCUUGGACAGUCAGAUGUCGGAUGAUUCUUCGAGGAUGUCACAACUCGAAGUCUUCACAUGUCAUGUUCCAAAACCGGGCGAAGGCAGAACGAGUGGCAGAAAGAAACCCGAAGAGUUUGAGUUGCUUCAUUAG